CAUUUAUCUACUAGUAUAAAAACUGCGCUUUGUGUUCUCUGUCAAAAAAGGAAAAAAAAAAACGCAGCUGCUCAAUUCUUCUAUCGUCAAGCUCUCAGGCUCUUUGGUCCUUCCUCUGACGUUGUCUCGAUACUAAAUUCGGCUGGUAAUUCUAUGAGGGAUUCAAUAAGCAGUUUGCCAGAUGAGAUACUUGGCAAGAUCCUGUCUCUAGUUCCGACAAAAGUGGCUGCUUCCACAUCGGUUCUGUCCAAGAGGUGGAGGAAUCUGCUGUCUCUUGUAGACAGCCUUAGUUUCGAUGAGUCGAUGGUUGUCUAUCCCAACGAAGAAGAAGCAACAAACGGUUCACAACGCUUCUCUGAUUUCGUAGACAAGACACUUGCUCUGCUACACAACUCUCCCGCCAUCAAGACAUUCUCUCUGUGUCGUAUGGUUAUGACUGAGAGUUACAAAGAUGAAUCUGCCCGCGUCAACCGUUGGAUUUGGACUGCAAUGGAAAAAGGUCUAUUGGAACUAAACUUGUACGCCCCAAACCCUGGUACUGAUGUUAGUAUAGAACCUAGGUUACUAAGGAGUACCACACUGGUUAAGCUCACAAUCUGCGGUCAUUAUGCUAUUCGUCGCUUUCAGCGUGUGUUUUUCCCAGCCCUCAGAUCACUUUCUUUUAUCACUGCGCUCUCUCAUUUUUGCUAUCUCCAAAUGAUGAGUGCUUGUCCUGUGCUGGAAGAGUUAACCAUACGCGACUGCGAAUUUCCUGAUAUGAGGAAAACCAUUGGUGGUGCGGAUGUGAUACAUGCAUCCAUCAAGCGUCUUGUGAUUGUUACGCCUCUUCCUGAUCUUACAGACUACUAUGCCGCGGCAGCUUAUUUCGAAAGUACUCGCUCAAUUGUUCAUAUCCAAGCACCAAGUCUAGUCUACCUUGACUAUUCUAGUUUUGUCUUUUCAGAUUAUGAGGUUGAUGAUUUGGAUUCUCUUGUCGAAGCAAGGCUGGAUCUCAAGUUAUGGAUGUCAACUAGUCAUUUUGACUACGAUGAUGAUUAUUUUUACGAUCAUCAUGGUUAUCUUUGUCCUCCUGAUGAUCCAAGCCCCCAUAUAUUCGGUGAUGUUACAUGUCUAGUUGCGGCUAUAAGAAACAUUACGACCCUUCACUUGUCUCCUGAUUCCCUUGAGGUGUUCCAUUUCUGCUGUGAACCCAUGCCUACGUUCAACAACCUUCUAAAUUUAUCUAUUGAGAGUAACAAUCAAAGAGGUUGGCAAGUGAUGCCACUUCUGCUCGAGUCUUGUCCAAUUCUACGAACUUUAGUCUUCAAGGGUCUUGUUCACAAAGUAACAAAUAGAUGUGGAGAUGCAUGCGCUUGUAACCCUCAGAAUCCAAGUCAGAAAAAUAGUAAGAAGAUGGAAAAGAAGAAAUGUUGUCUACACACAUGUCCAGUGAAGGUGCUAGAGAUUUCAGACUAUGGAGGUUGUUUUCAAGAGGUGGAACAGAUGAGACAUUUCUUGGGAAAUUUGGAAUGUCUUGAAACUGUAAAAGUUGGUGUUCACCCGGACAAGAAUAGGGAGUUCGUGCGAGCUAAUGUAAUGGCUCUUCCCAUACUUUCAUCAAAGUGCACCAUUCAACUCCUUUAAGGCUUUAACCUCCUUUUUUCAUCUUUCUUGUGUUAUGUAUUAACAUUAUUGUUAUCACUUUAUUCCUCUCUCAUAUUAAUUACAAUAUUUACCUCUGGAAAUACAUAAGAUUUAUUUUGUUGCA